GCCGCCGUCUGGGACUUUGACCUUCCGGAGGCCAUGGAGGCUGGCGGGGAGCAGGGCGCGACCUGAUCGCCUCCCCCUGGACGCCUCCUCCCGCGGCGCUCACGCUUCGGUAACUUUGCAGCGCUCAUGGAUCUGAAGACAGUGCUCUCCCUGCCCCGCUACCCAGGGGAGUUCCUGCACCCCGUGGUGUACGCGUGCACGGCGGUCAUGCUGCUCUGCCUCCUGGCCUCCGUCAUCACCUACAUCGUGCACCAGAGCGCCAUCCGCAUCAGUCGCCGGGGCCGGCACACGCUCCUGAACUUCUGCUUCCACGCGGCCCUGACCUUCACGGUGUUUGCCGGCGGCAUCAACCGCACCAAGUACCCCAUCCUGUGCCAGGCGGUGGGCAUCGUGCUGCACUAUUCCACGCUGUCCACCAUGCUGUGGAUAGGAGUGACCGCCAGGAACAUCUACAAGCAGGUGACCAAGAAGGCCCCUCUGUGCCUGGACGCAGACCAGCCGCCGUACCCCAGGCAGCCCCUGCUCAGGUUUUACCUCGUCAGUGGAGGGGUCCCCUUUAUCAUCUGUGGGGUCACGGCUGCCACGAACAUCAGGAAUUACGGGACAGAGGACGAGGACGCGGCGUACUGCUGGAUGGCCUGGGAGCCUAGCCUGGGCGCCUUCUACGGCCCAGCCGCCGUCAUUGCCCUGGUCACCUGCGUGUACUUCCUGGGCACCUACGUGCAGCUGCGGCGCCACCCAGGGCGCAGGUACGAGAUGCGCGCACAGCCCGAGGAGCAGCGGCGGCUGGCCACGCCCGAGGGCAGCCGUGGGAUCCGGCCCGGCACCCCACCCGCACGCGAUGCCCCUGGCGCCUCGGUGCUGCAGAACGAGCACUCCUUCCAGGCACAGCUGCGCGCUGCCGCCUUCACGCUGUUCCUGUUCACGGCCACGUGGGCCUUUGGGGCGCUGGCGGUGUCCCAGGGCCACUUCCUGGACAUGGUCUUCAGCUGCCUGUACGGCGCCUUCUGCGUGACACUGGGGCUCUUCGUGCUCAUCCACCACUGCGCCAAGCGCGAGGACGUGUGGCAGUGCUGGUGGGCAUGCUGCCCACCCCGCAGGGAUGCCCACUCCGCACUCGAUGCCAACGGGGCCGCGCUGGGCCGUGCCGCCUGCCUGCAUUCGCCGGGCCUCGGCCAGCCACGGGGCUUCGCGCACCCACCGGGACCCUGCAAGAUGACCAACCUGCAGGCCGCACAGGGCCACGCCAGUUGUCUGUCCCCGGCCACCCCGUGCUGCGCCAAGAUGCACGGCGAGCCACUGAUGGCAGACGAGGCACACGUGCACGCGCAGGAGGAGGGUGCCUUCGGGCACGACCCCCACCUGCACGGGUGCCUUCAGGGCAGAACUAAGCCGCCCUACUUUAGCCGGCACCCAGCAGAGGAGCCCGAGUACGCUUACCACAUCCCGUCCAGCCUGGACGGCAGCCCCCAAAGCUCACGCACAGACAGCCCCCCCAGCUCUCUGGAUGGCCCGGCAGGGGCACACACGCUGGCCUGCUGUGCCCAGGGUGACCCCUUCCCCAUGGUCAGCCAGCCUGAGGGCAGCGAUGGCAGCCCUGCCCUCUACAGCUGCCCCACGCGGCCGGGCAGGGAGGCAGCGCUUGGGCCUGGUCACCUGGAGAUGCUGCGGAGGACACAGUCCCUGCCCUUUGGUGGCCCCAGCCAGAACGGGCUGCCCAAGGGUAACUUGCUAGAAGACCUGCCGUUUGGCACCGAUGGGACCGGCAACAUCCGAACAGGACCCUGGAAAAAUGAAACUACUGUGUAGGCGGAGCAGGGGACACAGUGUUCCUGGAGGAGCUUCAGAGCAGAGUGGGGGGCCCAUCUGCCACAUGAGGUCACUGGGGGCACCAAAGUGACCCCACCUUUCGGAAGCAGUUCACACCCCUGCCCCUUCCUUGUGAAAGACCUCAGCGGGGAAAAGCUCUGGGCCACGCCCACUCCUUUUAUCCCAGUUCCACGUGCUCGUCCCUGCACAAGGUCAUCUGGUUUCUGUCCUGUGGCCUCCAGUCCUGGGGCGCCCCAGAGGCAGAGUAGGGGCUUCCAUCAAAGGACCCACCCAGACCCCAGCGUGGCCCUGCCCGAGAUGCCAUCCACGGAGUCCUGGCUUCCCCUGGUGUGGCCAGGCGGGGCCGAGAUCACAGCAGGGGGCUGCCCUGACCUUUCCCAGUGUUCAAUGUGUGUGUCUUGCGUUCUGCUCCAGGGGUGGUGGUGGCAGGUCUGUCCCCAGCAUUCUCACCCUGGGCAGAACCCUUGGGACCCACUGCUGUCGCGUGUCUGAGCCACCCCUGCAGCUUCACGGGACCCCUGCACACCUCUGCCCACUCAGUGUCCCCUGUCAACCUUGUCCUUGUCACAGCCCCAGCCCUGCAGGGCUGAGAGCACCACGGAUGCUGCGGGCUGCAGCCGCGCUCUGGACUUUGGGGAUGGCUGUCGGCUUCAGAGGGCCAAUGGGGUGCUCUUAGGGGCCCAAGCCUUGGGAAGAUGCCCAGACAUCCGUUAGUGAAGAUUCGACUUCCAAAACCAGCCACCGUUGGGACUGGAUUCCACUCCAGUAUAGGCACUUGGCAACAAGGUUUAUUCCAAAAAGAAGAGGGGCUGGCAGACGGGACAUUCUCAUGGACAAAAUUCCUUUCCCUUUUUCUCAUCUCCAUGAACAUCUGGGCACCAAGCCCUGACUCAAAGGACAGAUGUGGAUGACAACAAGCCUUCUGUGAAAGCAAGUGGCCCGUCCCUUGGUGGAAGGGAGUCCAGAGGGCCGUGGGUGUGAAACUGUACACAGUUUUCCCUCCCUCCCUCCUCCUUGUCUGUGACACGUGUUCACCCACACACACACACGCACACAAACACAUGUGCAUAUCACACACAUAUACAUACACACAAACGUGCAUAUCACACACAUACACAUGCACACACGUGCAUAUCACACACACACGCACACACACAAACGUGCAUAUCACACACACAUACACAUGCACACACACAAACACAUGCAUAUCACACACAUACACAUGUGCACACACAAACACGUGCAUAUCACAUGCAUACACAUGCACGCAAACGUGCAUGUCACAUACACACACAAACGUGCAUAUUGCAUACAUGCACACACACGUGCAUGUCACACACAUACACAUGUGCACACAUAGUUAACACACACAUGCACCUGCCAUGCACAUCUGUGCAUACACGUAGCGGUGUGUUUUCCAGCCGCCCACACACUGGGUUUUCAUUGGAGAGUGUUUCACCCUGCAAACGUCAAUGUCAGCAGACUCGUGGGUGCACUCUGCUAUCCGGUCGGGAGGUCUCACCAGGCGCAGAGCCUCCCUAACGUGCACCUCUGUGAAGAGGGGUGUUGGGGAGUGUUCCCAGCACCUGCUCGGUGGAAGGGCUCUCUGGAGGCUGGCACUCAGUAUGUGAGUAUGAGGAGCCCCACUUCCCGGGGUGUUGGUAAACUUGACCAUGACGCUGUAACCCACAGUGUGCUCCUCCCAGCAAACCCCGUGUGUCCUUACAGGUCAACCAGACGGGCCACCGGAUGACUGCCAGGCAGCUCUGCCUCCGCCUCACCUUUUCACCUGCUUCCGUAGCUGGUGUGAACCCGAAUCCCCACGCUGUGCUGUGUACACACUGUAGGUGCAGAACUGUUCACACAAAAAUACAGUCUUGGCAUCGUU